AUGAACGAUGAGAGAAGUAUUGAUUACCUCUUCCCCGAUGAUAUCAAACCUCGUGACUUGCCAUUGUGUGCGAUCGAGAAUUUGGAUGAAAUCUUAGAGUUACUUAAGACAUCACACCCAACAGUUCGUUCUGCAAUCCUCACGGAUCUUGUGGCUAAGGAUGGAGCGUAUAUUGUAAAGCUACUGGAUCUAUUUGACGUCAGUGAACUGGAUACUGACAAGACAGUGUUGCAUAAACUCUUUGAUAUUUUCUAUACCAUGCUGGAAAUGUGCAACCGUGAUGUGGUAGAAAUUCUGCUGAAUGACGCAAACUUCAUUUCAGUGGUUGGUGUAUUAGGCUACAACCCUGGAUUAAUCCGUACGAUGGAUUUUCGAACAGCUUUGGAAGGAGAUGGAGGGUUUAACGAAGUGAUUCCUAUUUCUGAUCAAAGUGUAGUCGAGCGUAUUCACCUGAAUUUCCGGAUCCAAGUGAUUAAAGACAAUGUCUUGUCGCGCUCUUUACCUGAUGGCUGCAUGCUUUUGUUCGAACACAUGGCGAAUGAGAACAACUUUUAUAUUUUAUCUUACAUCUUUGAAACUAAAGACUAUUGCAAGGCCAUUAAGGACCUUAUUUCUAGUAAAGACAAGCGGCUAGAUGGUCUUGGUUUGCUGAAAGCGAUUACUAACUUGGUACGAGUGACAAAACCUCUGGACAGACCGCAGCGCCGUGAGCCGUUUGGUGCCACACCUGUAUUUGACUCCCUCCUUGACUGUCUUUUUGGUGAUGGCGAGAUGUUCGCGGCGUUUGCUACGGUCUUGGGUUCUCCUGACUCCAACUCGGAGGAAGUCGUGUUAGCAGUCGAUAUCCUGAACGUGUUAGUUUUCUAUCACGGCCCAGACAGAUUACGAGCAUACCUUGCAAGUGAAGGCAAAUGUAUACCUGCGCCGUGCUUGGAUAACGAACGUAUUGUGUGGACGCCAGGAUCGUCACUAUUUACUGCUCUGCUGGUUGUUUUUGAGCGCGACGAGCCGAUGCGAAUCCAGUUGCUUAACUUACUGAGGGAGAUUUUCUUCGUAUCGCUGGCACAGGACGACAAGUUUUUGAGCGUGCUGUAUCCUAAUUAUAUGCACUGGCUGCUCCAACCGUUGAAGAUGAAUACAUAUUUUCACGACGAAUCCGCUAUGUUUGACUUGCAAGACAGCAUCAUGGAGCUACUCACGUUUUGCACAGAAAACCACGGCUAUCGCGUCAAAUACCUGUUUGGUAGGCAGCCAGUUGCGUCGUACGCUGAGAAAAUGUUACGCUCCAAGAACAAGCUUUUUGUUAUUCACGCGGUGAAGUUCAUUCGAGCUUGCGCGCAAAUCUGGAGAUUGGAAAAGCGAAUACGGGGGGCAGUUGGUUCGGCGGUGUUGGAAGUAUUGUCAUUUAUAGAAAAGACGAACCUGGCAUCCUUGGUCGAGCACAUUUACACAAAGUUUUUUGAGACAUACAAAGCGGAGUGCCCACUAGUUUUCGAUGCCAUUCGUGAACGGCAUCAUGAGAACACGGGAUCAGCAGACGAUGUUUCAGAUUCCACUGAUAACAAUAGUGUUCGCUUUGUGCGAGCAGGAAGCAUUGUCGAUGAUGAAGAGCUGUACUGGGAAAAAGAUACUGAAGCGACUGAACCUGCACUUGAGCUCAAAAACGGACUGUCCGAGAAGGAGGUAUCAUGCCAGAAUCGCCCCAGGUCAGUAAGAUUGGUGGAUUAUGAUGACGACAAUGACGAAGACGAUGACGAAUCAUCUGCUUCGAAGGACGAGAGCAACUUGGCUGAGGCAGCAUCUGGUGCGUCCCCACGUGGUGCUGAUAUUGCUAAGGAACGAGAGCUUCAGCUGCCAGUACGGAAAAAGAAAGAGGACGAAGUGAGCACUCAAUCAUUCUUGGGAGGAAGUAACGUGCUUGCUCACAAAAAGGCUCAUCUGAAGAGCUUGAAUAAGGCCCGGUCACCCCAAUUUAAGAGCGUGUUUCAGAAAAUAUCAUGGAAGCUCACCGCGCCUGGCAGCAAUUUGUCUACAGAAGGUGCGACCGGCAAAAGUGGUGGUGACGACGGUAGUAGUUUCGUGAAGCGCGAUGACAGCAAUAAUAAUAGUGUACGGGGUGAGUAUGUGGCCUGUGGUGAUGGUGCAAGCGCUGCUUCAGCAGCAUUGGUUGCAAAGCGGAAGCUCGCACUGGAAGAAGCGGCAAACUCGGAGCCUAUGUUAAAGAAAGCGAAAUCAUGUACUCCGAUUGGCUCCAGUUAA